AUGCGCUCCACUUCUGCUGUCGUUGCUGCCCUUGCUGCAUGCGUUGCUGCCGCUCCUUCCCUCAAACUCACCGUCACUGGUCCAUCUGUUGUGACUGAUGUCGAUAACCUCACUGUCAAGGCCAUCGUCACCAACACCGGCGCAGAGACCGUCAAGCUCUUGAAGGAUCCUCGCACAGUCCUCAGCGACUGGCGUACCAACACCUUCGCUAUCGAAGGUGCCGCUGGCACCCCGGCCUUUACCGGAAUCAAGGUCAAGUACUCCCCUGAGCUCGCCCUCAAGUCUGGUGACGAGUCCAAGUUUGCCGUCCUCGCUCCCGGCCAGUCCUUUGAGCUGACCCACGAUCUUGCUGGUGUCUACAACUUUACUCGCUCUGGCGCCGUUCUCUGCUGGAAACGUCUUCCAAUACGUCGACUCAACGGUCAACUUGCCACUGUUGCCGCCGAGGCUCAGUCCCACAAACUCAAAGUCGGAGGCUCGCUCGCUUCCUUCAAGGGCGCCCCCAAGCACGAUAAGAGCGGCAUUGCUCGUCGUGCAAUCGGAUACACGAGCUGCAGCUCUACUCGGCAGUCUCAGAUCGCCACUGCCGCCAACUCGGCAAAUAGCUACGUUUCCAGCGCAAACUCGUACCUGGCUGGUAUCUCGAGUGGAACCACUCGCUACACGACCUGGUUUGGUACCUUUACGUCUUCGCGCUUCAGCACCGUCAAGUCUCACUACAGCUUGAUCGGUACCGAUGCCACCUCCACCACCUAUGAUUGCACCUGCACCGAGUCUGGCACCUACGCCUACGUCUACCCGAGCUCCCCCGGCUAUGUCUACCUCUGUGGUGCCUUCUGGAAUGCUCCCAACACCGGCACUGACUCUCGCGCCGGAACCAUUGUUCACGAGCAAUCCCACUUUACCGUCAACGGUGGCACUGAUGACCACGUUUACGGCCAGUCUGGUGCCAAGUCUCUUGCAAAGUCCAGCCCGGAUCAAGCUAUCGACAAUGCCGACAACCACGACAUCGCGCCUAAAACGACAUUGGAUAUACGUGACCAUGCUGCGCUGUCGCUACGUGGUAGCGUGCCCUUUGUUUCUCCGUUGCUGAGGCUCGCUCGUGGAGCCACUGCUGUCACGGAAUUCGCCAUACGAAUCGUUCUCCUGGUUCAUGUUGAGUUUACAGAUACUGGCCUGAUACUGCACGCAGUAACCACGUGCGAACCCACUCGAGAAAGCACCGCGUAUUGUAAUAUCCUUGGGAUUACGAUCACACGCCGAGCUUUUUCUCCUCCCUGCGUUCGUGUCGCUGUUCCUUCUUUAAGCCUUACUGUCACUGGGCCUUUAAAUGUUACCGAUGUCGAUAACCUUUUUGUGAGGACGGUCGUUACUAAUACUGGUUCCGACUCUGUCAAACUCUUGAAGGACCCAAGUUCUGUACUCAGCGAUUGGCAAACAAAUUCGUUUAUUAUUAAAAGUAGAAUAGGGACGCCGUUAUUCACCGGUAUUAGGAUUAAAUACUCGCCGGAGUUGGCACUAAAAUCUGGGGAUGAAUCGAAUUUUGUGAUUCUCGCAUCGGGGGAGUCUUUCGCAUUGGCUCACAGCCUGGCUGGGGUCUACAACUUUACUCGUUCUGGAGCUGGCGAAUAUAAUUUUUCAGCGAGUAAUAUCUCCAAUAUGAUUGGGGGAUCACUGGUCGCUCUUAGACACAAGGAAAAGCCGAGCCGACGCGCAAUGCUUCGCAGAGACAUUGGAUACAGUGGCUGCUCAGAGGCCCAAAAGUCACAGAUCAGCACCGCAGCCAACUUUGCGAACGAGUAUGUUGCCAACGCAACUGCGUAUCUAAGAAGUAUCUCAACGGGUACCACUCGAUACACGCAAUGGUUUGGAACCUUUGACUCAACACGUUUCGGUACAGUCAAGUUACACUUUGAAAACAUCGGAACCGAUGCGACUUCGUCGACUUACGAUUGUGGCUGCACACAGUCAGCCACAUAUGCCUAUGUGUAUCAGGACCGCCCAGGAUAUGUUUAUUUAUGUGAAGCAUUUUGGUCUGCUCUAGACGUCGGGUCAGAUUCGCGUGCAGGCACGAUUGUCCAUGAGCAAUCACACUUCGUCGUCAAUGGGGGUACUGAUGAUCAUGUUUACGGCUCAGCUUCCGCUCGCUUAUUAGCCCAAUCGAAUCCAGAUCAAGCGAUCGACAACGCUGAUAAUCACGAGUAUUUUGUUGAGAACGACCCAGUUCUUAUUUAG